UAAUCAUUUCAUGGAAAAGAGAAAUCAAGUCAGGUUGCUGUCGUUUUGUACUUUUCUUUCAGUUGCACGUUGCUCGAACAAGAUUUUCUACUCAAGCACCAAUAGAGUUUUCUUUCCCACUCGUCGUUAUUCAUUUGGAUUGCCAAGGAAGUGUAGACACAAUCUAUCGUUGCCGAGUCACAGGUUUUGUUUCUCUCCUAUUGCUUCAGUCAGAAUAGGACAUGGCUUUGAUUUGCAUCGCUUAGAACCAGGCUUACCACUUAUUGUGGGAGGCAUAACUUUGGAUCAUGAUCGAGGUAGUGUCGGUCACUCGGAUGGAGACGUUAUAUUUCAUAGUGUAGUGGAUGCCAUACUCGGUGGUUUAGGCUUACCGGAUAUUGGUCAGUUGUUUUCAGAUAAAGAACCUCGCUGGAAAGGGGUUGCUUCUAAAGUAUUUAUGGAAGAGGCGAGGAAAUUGAUGAAGCAAAAAGGCUAUGAUAUUGCCAACUUGGAUAUUACUGUCAUAUUGGAGAGACCUAAACUUGCUUCCCAUAACAACGCCAUUUGUGAGAAUAUUUGUGAGUUAUUGAAACUUUCGAGAGAUAAAGUGAACUUGAAAGCCAAAACACAUGAACAAGUGGACAGUUUAGGACAGAAUUUGUCCAUCGCUUGUCAUGCCUUUGUGUUGUUGCAACCUGACUCUACUUUGAUGAAAGAAGAAGAGAGCGUUGCAGUACAGAAUGCCUUGUCCACAGAUUUUAUCGAAAAGUUGUAUCAGCGUGUCGUUCAACGCAGUCAGACAGAUCCAUCUUUGUCAUGGACAAGUCGCUUAUUUUCUCAAGGAAGAGCGUCUAUUGCAAAGAAACUUGGAGAAGAAGCCGUUGAGACUGUCAUUGCAGGAUUGGAGAAUGAUCCUCAUCAACUUGUAAAAGAGAGUGCGGACUUGUUGUAUCAUCUUUGCGUAUAUUGGGCAUUUUGUAAGAUAACUCCACAAGCUGUUUAUGAAGAGUUGAACCGCCGUGAAAGUCAAUCUGGAAUAGAAGAAAAGGCUUCGCGUUCUUCCAAGUUGAAAUAAUUUAGUUUACUGUAUGGCUCG